AUGACUCCCCUCAAGGUCGUCCUCGGCUGCGUCUUGGCCAUGACGCAGAUCCUUCUUGUCAGCGCAAUUCCCACUUUGGCAGAGAGAAACGCUACUAUCUCUACGUCGUCCAACAUCAUGUCCUCCUACCAGCCCGAGCGUCGGUCGAGUUUUAUUGAUAUUGACAAGGUGGAUUGUCAUGAUGAAUGGCGGCACAUGGGCGAUAAGCACGACACCCGUGCAGACGUACAAAUGCGGGGCGUUGCGUACCUCAGAGAUACCAAGUUCAACCACAAACCGAAGCUCGAGCCUGGUCAGUGCGACCGCGUCAGCUGCUCGUGGAACGCAGCCAUUUUCUGGUGCAACGACGACGAUACCGCAAAGGAGCUCGAUUCGUUCGUCGACAUUGCCGACGCCGCUCAGGUUGUCCUAGAUACGUGCUUGCUUCCCGAGGUAGACCCCAAGAAGAUCGAGUACAUAUAUGAGAUGUUUGGCGAGAUUCAUAUGAAGAACAAAUGGAGGGUCAUUCUUGACCACGAUAAGUGCUAA